GUCGCGCUGGUUGGCUGGGGUUCCAACGCUGGUCUCUCUGACAAGACUCUGACGUUCCUUGCCUAUCACAGCCGUGGCGUGAAUCAGGCCAAGGCUGCGGCUGUCGAUACGAGAAGCUCCUCCUCUGCGUCUGCUGAAAGUGAUGAUGGUGACGAGCAGCUGGUG